UACAUUUUUAUAGGCAAUCCCAUGGAGGCAAAUGCGCAGGUAGGCACUGCAUUUACAGCGCUUCGUGCACGUCACCAGCGCUGAAUAUCUCAAAGCGAGCAGUGUUCUUAAUAUUGCAUUUCUCCUCCAUAUCUGACCAUAGCUGAUUUCUUCGCAAUUUACUUGUUUAGUAUGCGCUGCACGACAAUGAAGCGGCGCCACCAGCAUGGGCAGCUCGAGUGCGGCUCACACCCGAACUGCUGCAGAAGCUUCGACAAGACCCGCAGCAGGUUCUGCUCAAGCUAAACACAGCAACUGAUGACGGAGCGCCCAAGGCUCGUGGAAGCAGCAAAAAGACCAGUGUGAUGACUGUCAAAUUGGCUUCGGACGGCGAAGCGGAGGAGACGGAAGAGCAGUACGAGUUACUGUCGUUUCCGGAGGAUCCAAGCAUCAAUCACGUCUGUACCUAUAGGCGAGAAACAGGCGAUGGAGCAACUGGCGGCUACAGUAUUUAUAAGACAGGUGCAAUCCACCAGAAGCUGCUGGUGCAACGACUGCUGGACGCCACGGAGAAGGAUCGCAUUAAGGAUAAACAUGCCAAGUCUGUGCUUGCAUCCAAGUCACGUGCGUCGAAGCUAAUUGACUCGGAGCUAGAGAAACCUGCGAAAAAGCAGCGACUGACAAGGCUGUCGAGUGUACCAACUUCGAGGACGUCUGGAGGGGGCAGUGCGUGGUCCAUUGCAUCAGGCCACAAGCGGACAAGGAAAUUGAUGCUUCCAUCAGCGUUAACGAAGGAGGAUGCCAAAGAGGCUAGAGAGAGGAUUGAAAACCGGUUCGAAGUCGAGGUGGAAGCUGCACCAAAUGUAUCUAGAUCAGAGGAGAAAACAGCUGAGUGCGAAACAGGAGACAGCGAGAUCGAGGAGGCUCCAACAGUAGUUGUGAGUAAGGAUACUGCAGCCGCCGCUCGUGAUGCCGAGUUUCAUGCUCUUUUUUCGUCGGAUUCUGAAGACGACGACAACAAGGUGGAUCGAAGCCAAAAGCAAAGGAAGAAAAAGAAAUCAUGGAAGGGGCAUACAAGCACUGCUGUACCAAGUGUAGACGAACAACAUGAAGGCAAGUCGGUCGCUGGAGCAAUGAAUAAGGGAUCUCUAAUUUCAGACUCGGAUGCAAUUGCUCAACCGAAGGAGUCUACAAGCCCGGCAACAGGAAUUGGCACCACCAACGAGCCAUCCAAGAACGAAUCAAGUGCUACAGAAGUGAAAAAGAACGAGGAAAGGCUGGAUAUCUACGCGCUGAAGCCUAUCAAGCCGUCAAGUUCUGGCAUCGAGGUUAAGCGUGCGAGGGUGCGCUCAGCGCUCGUAUCCGAUAGGGUGAAGCAGGCGCGUUUGCCCGACCUGUCGUUCUUCCCGUCUGCUGUUGUACAGAUCUGUCAGCGACUAGCGAACUACCAUGGUCGGUCGAUAAUCCUCGAUGAGAGCGACUACAACGCGUUCGUGGAGACGCACGAGCAGUUCCGACAAGACUGGGAAAUGCUGGACAAGGCUUAUUCCAUCGAGAUGAUCAAGACAGAGGGUCUGCACCUGCAGCUUGAAGUGGCGUCGCCGGACAGCAAUCUAGAGCAGCUCCAACAACGGAUAGAAGCCUCCAGUAGCAAGAAAGCGGGUCUGCUGUUCGUUCGGGACGCCAUGGCGAGCAUCCAGAAGAUUUUGCACAGCAUCCAAGUGUCCGUCGACCGCUUUAACAUGAAGGCGCACACGUCGCAGACCACAUCUGAUUUACACAAUAUUAAGUGAGUUUGUGUUUUCCACACAUCAACUUUCCACAUUACACAA